UAAUAAAUUUUCCGAAAAUCUGUGAGCUGGUUGCCACGCUGAUGGUGACUUGAAAUUGCCUAAUGGUGGAAAUAUUCAUACUACAGAGAUUGCUGCCUUACCAGCAUAUCACUUUUCAAGGACCAUGCAGCAUGGUCCUUGAGGAAAGCAAACAUUCACAAGCCUUUCAUGUGAUAUGGACAAGUUCCAUAAGGCAAGUAUACUCAGGCCAAUUGGUCAAGUCAAUUGAGUUCAGGUUGAAGGCUACAUUGAGAAUGCUUAUUUUAAAGUAGUGAGUUAGACUGAGAGAGCCCUCACACUGAAGAAAACUUGACUUCUUAUCUGGGAUGUCCAAGUCACCCAAGUGGUUCUCUGGAAGAAUAACUGACUGUCUGUAUGCUGGAAAUGCUGAUAACUCACCGUCACAGGAAAUCUACACGGCUAGAUGGAAUUGAACCCAGGAGUGCUUAACUAGCCACAUCCCUGGCCCUUUUUAUAUUUUAUUUUGAGACGGGGUCUAACUUGCUUAGGAACUUGCAAGUUUACUUGAUGCCACUCAAGAUCCUACCCUCAGAAAGUUUGUAAUGUGGAAGGGGAGAUGACACCUGCAGAGAUCUGGGAUGUGAGGCCCACCUCACCACCCCGGGACAUGUAUGCAUGCAUGCACAUUUGCUGUGAUGUGCUUAGAGCUUGACGUAGUGUGUUGGCAGAAGUCUCUUCAGUCUGGUGUGGGACCUGCAGCAGUGGAGGAUUUAAGUGCAUUGCUCGUCCUGGGUAUCUUCAUCUUGGAAUUAUCUCAAGAAUUAUACUGCAGAAGAUAAAUCAGUAUCUGGAAAGAGAAGGAAGUAGGGUGGAGACGAGGAAGCCGAGGCUCAGUAAGAUCAAGUGGGACCUAAGGCAGGAACCUCCUUGAGCAAUUGGAUCCAGAUUCUCCAGGUGGAGGAUUUUGUUGAUUAGAAUACAGAUUGAAAAGUUGAGAGCAGCAUGUUUUGCCCACUGCAGCUGGUCCUGAUCCCAACGUUACUGGCUUGUUCCUUGGGCCUGAAUGACUUUAGUACUUCCCCCGCUGAACUCACAGUCCAUGUGGGUGAUUCAGCUCUGAUGGGAUGUGUUUUCCGGAACCUAGAAGGGAAACACGUGACCAAAGUAGACUGGAUGCUGUCACCUGGAAAGCAUGCUGAGGAUGAAUAUGUGCUAUACUAUUAUGGCAACCUCAGUGUGCCUGUGGGGCGCUUCCGGAACCGUGUGUUUUUGGCGGGAGACCUCCUACAAAAAGAUGGUUCUCUGCUGCUCCAAGAUGUGCAAGAGGCUGACCAGGGAACCUACACCUGUGAAAUCCGCCUUGAAAGCGAGAGCAAGGUGUUAAAAAGCAAAGUCGUGCUGCAUGUGCUACCAGAGGAGCCCAAAGAGGUCACGGUCCAUGUGGGUGAUUCAGCUCUGAUGAGAUGUAUUUUCCACAGCACAGAAAAGAAACGCCUGACCCAGGUAGACUGGAUGUUCUCUUCCGGAGAGCAUACCAAGGAAAUCGUCUUACACUAUGACCUCAAAUUCCAGUUUCCUGAGAGAUACUUCCCUUACCAGGGUCGCUACCAGAACCGUGUAAACCUGGUGGGAGACAUUUCCCACAACGAUGGUUCCAUCAUGCUCCAAAGAGUGAAAGAGUCUGAUGGAGGAAUCUACAACUGCAGUAUCCACCUGGGGAACCUGCUGUUCAGGAAAACUCUUGUGCUCCAUGUGACUACGGAAAAGUCUCAAACCCUGAUUCCAGAAAUCCCUAGACCUGAGCUCCUGGGCGGGAAUCAGCUGGUGAUCAUUGUGGGGAUUGUCUGUGCCACUCUCCUGCUGUUCCCUGUUUUGAUAUUGAUUGUGAAGAGGACCCACUGGAAUAAGAGUUCACUAAAUUCUACAGCCUUUGUUAAAAGCCUGGAGAACAUGGAGAAGGCCUAUCCAGAGAAACAUGUUUACUCCUCUAUAACUACACAGGAAGUGAGGGAGGAAGAAGAACCAAGUGGGAAAUCAGAGGCCACCUACAUGACCAUGCACCCAGUUUGGCCCUCUCUGAGGUCAGUUCCAGCUGGGGGAAUUCCAAAACCAGAGCAUGCUUUUUGAGAAGAAAGGAGAGUUUCCUUCAAUUUAGCAGCGGCAGGGACUCUGUCCUCCCUCUGUGUUGCUGAGAUACUGUACCAGUUAUUUCAGACCCCUGCCCUCCAGGUAUCCUUGGCUUUUAUCAAAGGGCUGAAGAUGGAGGGUUUGGAGCCUGGCAGAAGGACUGAACAGCUCUGGAGGAGCAGGCUCUGCUGAGGAGAGGGAGAGAAUGAACUUGGCUGGCUAGAAGGGCCCAGAGGAAGUUGGCUGAGGCACUGUGGUGGCCUCAAGCACUCCAUCGGAUCAGACCCGUCAUAUGGACAAUGUGCUUUGUGGUUGAGCUACUGAGAAGAAUCACAGAGAUAAAAACCAAUGCAAAUGAUUCCAUCAAUAAAUGAUGCCUAAAUAAA